AAUUUCUCAUGUUUGCCACAUGUGUGUGCCUGGUUGAAUGGUUUUUGUGUAUCAGAUUUUAGAAUUAUAUAAUUUCUAUAAUUCUUCAAUCGAAUCAGAAUGUCCGAUUCCGGAAUUUAUCAUGAUGAAGUGGAGAUUGAGGAUUUCGAUUAUGAUCCAGAAACCGAAACUUUCAGCUAUCCAUGUCCAUGUGGUGAUCUUUUCACCAUACUUAAGGAUGAUUUAUUGAAUGGAGAAGUUGUGGCCAGUUGUGUUAGCUGUUCGUUGAUCAUCAAAGUCAUUUAUGAUAUGGAUGAUAUCGAUAAUAUAAUUGAAGCGAAAGAAACAAUAAAGACAAAAAAGCAAUUGGCAACGGAAAAAAUAACCGCAUGACAUUAUAAAAACUUUAAUUAAUAUGCUUUGAUUGAUUUUUUUUGUUGAAUUAAUAAUUUAUUGUUAUGUUUAUUCUCAUUUUCUCUGUUCAGAAUUUAUCAAUGCUACAUCAUUAAAAUAAAGAAACAUUACAUCUUGAAAA